CUGCAAUGUCGCAUUUACAUUGUGCCACGGAUUAAAGGCUUUUUAAAGGGGUUCCUGGCAUUCAAAAUCUAUAUAUGUGGCUUUAAAGGAUGGAGGCCCUGUUAAAUGAGUGGCUAUGGCAAGAGGAGUUCUGGCUACCCCCUGGUAUCCGCUGGCGAGAUAUUGAGAUGAAGGAGGAUGAUGGCCGCUUUCCUCUACCCAGGGAUCUUAUCUACACCCUGCCACUUGCCUUUGCCUUUGUAGCACUCAGAUAUGUCUUUGAGAGGCUCAUCGCUGUCCCAUUAAGCAAACAUUUAGGUGUGAAGGACCGGAUUAGGAUCAGAGCAGCCUCUGUCCCCAAGCUGGAAGCCUUCUACAAACAGUACAGGCGGCAACCAUCACAAAGUGAGGUGGUAACCUUGGGGAAGCAGUGUGGACUCUCUCAAAGAAAGAUCCAGACCUGGUUUAAACACAGAAGGAACCAGGACCGACCCAGUAACACCAAAAAAUUCUGCGAGGCCUCCUGGCGCUUUGUCUUCUACCUAGUAGCGUUCACUGCAGGGCUGGUUUCUUUGAUCAAUACUCCAUGGUUCUGGGAUCACAGAGAGUGUUGGAGGGGUUAUCCUAAACAGCCGGUGGCCGAGGCUCAUCACUGGUAUUACGUCCUUGAAAUGGGCUUCUAUUUAUCACUGCUGCUGUCUGUGUCUGUGGAUGUCAAGCGAAAAGAUUUCAAGGAGCAGGUCAUUCAUCACAUCGCCACCUUAUUCCUCAUUGGUUUCUCCUACUGCGCCAACUAUGUGAGGGUUGGCACUCUGGUAAUGCUGGUGCAUGACUCCUCUGACUUUCUUCUGGAGUCUGCAAAGAUGUUCCACUAUGCUGGCUGGACGAGACUAUGUGACUCUCUGUUUGUCAUCUUCGCUUUGGUCUUCCUGGUGACCAGACUUGUGGUGUUACCCAGCAGAGUGAUCCACACAACCCUGGUGGUUUCUCUAGAGUUCUUCCAGCCAUUCUUUGGUUAUUAUUUCUUCAAUGCUCUGCUGCUAGUGCUGCAGGCACUGCACAUCUUCUGGGCUUAUCUCAUCCUACGAAUGGUCUACAAGUUUGUGUUCCUCGGCAAGGUGGAGCGAGAUGAACGGAGCGAUGAGGAGAGUGAGGAUGACGACGAAGAGGAGGAGGAAGAGCCUGGGGAGGAUGGUGACGAGUGCAGCUGGGAGCAAAGAAAGGGUACCAUCAACUCCAAGCUAGCAUCACUGGCUAACAACUGUGUGCUAAACAAUCUGACCAACCAGAGGAAUCUAAACAGCAGAUUGCCCAAAGCCAGAUAGUGGAGCAGCCUAAAUCAACAUCUACUAAGACUCCAUGAAAAAAAUUACUUCCCUUCCAUGUAUCAGAGACAAACUUGUGACUGACAUAUGAUACAAACAUACGGCUUUGAGAACAACCUUUUUGGUCCUUUGAAGAUUUCAGAUGAGGGUAAGUCUACAUCCUGCUUGUCUUGAAAAAAGAGGGAUAAAAAGAACAGAUGAUUGUAAAUUUGCACCCCCAGUAUUAGAUUAGCCAGAGACACCAUCAUAACUGUCACCCAUACACCAGAAUCAUGUAAAUAAUUGGCGAAAAAAGGAAAUGCUCAACUUAUUUUACGUGUUGUAUGCAGAUUUUGUAUUUAUUUUCACUGUACUGUAAAUCUGGUUUGUAACAUAUAAGUAUCAGAAAUGUGUUUUGAUGUGUUUUUACUUAAAAUUAGGUCAACAAGUAGAAAGAUUGCUUUUUUAUAUAAAUAAAACUAGUCUAAUUGAGGUUUAUGUUUUACACUAAAUAGAAUAGAGGCAGGAUUUAGCAUUAACUUGCUCCCAUGGCUUUGUCUCCACAAGCACGUUUAUUGAUUGUGCAUAGACUUUGAUUGUAGUAAAUCUGUUGAUAAACCACCUUAUAUUUCUAUUUUCUAUGAAUCAUUUACUCAACAGGAUUUUUCAUGUUAUAAUCUUCCUGUAGGACCCUCUCUCAGUAAUCCUGGACUUGUUUUUUUUUUCUCUCUCUCUGUGGUAGGAUUUGUGUUGUCUUAGCUCACUUCAUAAAAUGCUUUGGCGCCCCCUGGUGCAUAAAGAGGAGCACAUGAUUGUAGAUGAGGCACUUCCUUGAUGAUAAAAUGUUGCCUGUACAAAAAGUAAGGUGCGUGUGUAUUUUUUCUACUGUUUUAUCACUAUGACAGGCAGCAUGAUCUCUUGACAGUUUUUUGUUAAGGUUUGCUAUUCUGGAUUUUGGUUUUGUGCCUUGGCUGCUGUUUAUACAUUGUUAUCGAACAAGCACUGGAUGUUUUUAAGCUCUGUGUGUAAAUAUAGAAUUAUUGUCACUGGACAAACACACAGGCCAGGCCUUACUGUGACUGGUUUCACUGUUCUGCUUGAUGUCUAGGGCAGACUUUUGAUGAAGACAGAACGGCAUUGAUGAAAAAUGUGACGUUUUAUAGACAGUAGGAUUGUAUACAAAGGUUGAAAUGCUUUAUCCAAUAAGAAAUGUCUUACUUACAGGAAAGAUUAUAAGGUUAUUGUCGAAGUUGAUGACUUUUAUUGAUAUUAAAAGACGGUGCUUUACUACUUUAACAAGAUAAAGAAGCAAUUUAAUUAUUCAUGGAUGUAUUUUAUUACAAUGAAAGAUGAGGCUACAGGGUCAGUUCCAAAUGGAUCAUUAUGAUUGUCAAUAAAAUAGAUGAGAUAUUUGUUGAAAACAAAAACAUAAUCUAUUCACAAGCAAAAACUGAUAUGGAUUUUUAAAUGGUUGGUAAAAGCAGCUAUCACAGAUGAGUGGUUUCUGUGUUCACAUACUUCAUCUUGUACAAAGUCAAGUGUGCAGAUCUGAAGAAAAGUUGUGUCUGAAUGUUAAAGGGUCUCAAUAGCUCACAACACAAAGUAGGAUUUAUGUUGUGGUGCACUAAAAGGGCUGAUCCACUUAACAUCACACUAAUAACGCCCACUAAAGUGACAGUUUAACAGACUUUAAAAACAAGAAAAAAAUGUUUUCAUGAAAGUAACACUUGACUAUACUCUUAUGAGAGCACAUGGAUACUUUAUUGAUUGUUUGUAAAGUUGAAAAUAAAAUAAAUGACUUCUAUUGAAAUAAAUAGCACUGCUGUCUUCUUUUAAGUGGAUGAUUUACUCUCUUUAAUAUGUGUUCAGUUAAACCUAAAGCCAUGACCUAUUACAAAAAUGUAGCUGUUUUAGUUAUUCUUAAAUAGACAUAUAUAACAACA